AGGAUGUUGGGUUUCUUUUUAUGACCCUACCCUCCACAUUUGUUUUUUCUUCCUAUCCGAGAAAGUCUUUGUAAGUUUCUGCUCUAUCACUAUGGCGCAUUUACUCGCGUGUAAACUGUGCAAGAGCCAGCGGAUCUUGGUAGGAGGCCAUUUGCCAGAAGCAGCGUUUUUACGAUCGUGGGGAAAUUUUGAGUGCCGGUUGGUGGAUGUGGUACUUUUAAGGAAAAAGGUGAAUCAUUGAGUGGUGUAUGAGUGACUUUGUUAUCUUGCUUGGAAUCACAUAAUACUUAUUCUUAAUUUCCGUACUAGGUUUGUGGGCAACUCCAGAAAGUGGAUUUUUGCGCUUUCAAUGCUCGGGCGAAGCAAAAACUGAAGAACCUGUUCCCAUCGCCGGCAGGAGCUUUUUUGAGCAAGGUGGAAAACGGUGAUUAUGAAGAUCAGACGUGGAAAUAUGGAUCGACGCUUCCCGAUCUCAGUGAGAGCCCUAAGGAGAAAAGAGCAAGGCACAAGGAACAAGUAUUUCAUAGUUAUCUAUAGUCUAGCACUCGAAAGCAAUUGUUUUCGAGACAGAUCAACUCAGAAUCUUUAUGCUCGGUUCUUGGUUUGAUCAUUAUUCUUUUAAUUCACAGGCAGAAGCCGACGCUAAUGACGUUGUACGAGAGCGCAAAGGGGCUACGGUGUCGAUGUUUCUAAACCGGGGCUCGACCACGAUUUCUGAUGGAGAAGAUAGGGAUCUGCAGCAGGCUCUAGCACUUUCUCGAGCAACAACAUCUGCCUUUGGUGGCGUUGUUGAUAAUUUCGUUCCUACACCUGGAGGAGCAUCAUCUACUCGCCCGCCAGUACCUCCACCAGAAUUGGACGACAACCGAGUGCUUGGCUUGAUAGAAGCGUCGUCUGAUGGAGAGGAGCCCGAUCUUGACGCUAGUGAUGCGGAGGUGUACGUUGCUAGAGAAGAUCAAAAACGGCUGUGGUUACUGGUGCGCACACCAGGACUACGCAUGCGUGAGCGGCAAUAUCAAUCGAAGGAGAUGCAAGUACUACAGGAGCUAAUCGAUAAGAAGGAUAAGAUUACUACCGGUCUCAUCAUGACGUCUCUUCAGAAGGCUGACGCUUGUUCUUUUAAAAUGAAGAAUCAUCACCCAACCGAUAGUGUAGCGCGAAAGUAUGUAAGUAGGAUCUUUGAAAGCUACCACGUAAGGCAUGCGGAUAACCCUAAAAUAACGAGAUUCAUUACAGCAAUUCCUAGACGUCGCCCUAAAUACCUAGGUAAUCAUAUGCAUAGAGUUCAGAGGUUUGAAAAUGUUUUGAGAACGUGGCACGAGUGGAAUUUAAGUAAAAAUAAAGCUUGUAAAUAUCUGGGUUUACCUAAAGGAUCUGAUCUACGUGGACUAGCUGACUUGGCUAACGUAGAUGAAGUGCCGGCUCGGCGCUUUUAUGCUGAGGUUGGUGGCUGGAGUACUCUGUUUACUGAGAGUAAACCAGACGCCUUUACAGCUGCUCGCGAAUCCGCUCAACACAGUGGCUCGAUUUUGAUGUGGUCUUUUUCUGACCCCAGCAUGCGAGUCAAAAAGCCGAUUGUUUGCUUGUCUCGUGAUUAUAUCAAUGGGCCAAGCAGCAAGGUUAAGCAGAGAAAGCGUAAUUGUAUGAAAGCUAUCAGUCAGUAUGGUGAAUGUACUUGGAAUGAGGAAGGUACUAGGAAUGGUUACAUAAGUAAGCAAGUUUUUUGGGCUCAGCUCCGUUCCAUCCUUAAGGAAAAAGUUACUCGUGAGUCGGUCCCUGGUGCUCGAAAGCGAGCACUUAUACUUCUCUUUGAUUCUUGUACUACACAUUCGUGGGACUCCCAGACGGAGCUAGAGUUCACGCGGGCUGGGAUUUUUUUCUGCCACAUAAAAGGUGGCUGUACGAUGUUAAUUCAACCAAUCGAUGUCUGCAGCAUCUCAUCUCGCGUGAGAUAUUUAGGUGAAAAAGUUGCUGCGGGUCGUGAUUGUACAACAUUUGAAAAUGAAGAAUUUUGGCGUCAGCUCGAAGAAAUUGAUCGCGCGACCUUUCAUAGUAUCGAGCAUUUUGAAAAGUGUGGUUUUGAGUUAGGUAGUCGUAGACCUCUUCGUAUUGGAUCCGAGCUUUAUGCGUUCUUAACAAGAACAAGAGAGCUCCAUCCGCAACAGUGUGCUGAUUUAGAUAGAAAAUAUUACAGGGAGUUGUUGACUUCUAGUGCUAACACGAUGGAAGAUGAACUCUCUGAGUAG